UGCGGAACGCGAGCAGCCGAGCGCGGAGAGGCGCCGCUGCCGUUAACUCCUCCCUGCCCGCUGGUCCGACCCUCCCCCGGAGCCCCCUGCGCAGCCAGCAUGAAGCGAGCCCACCCAGAAUACAGUUCCUCGGAUAGCGAGCUGGACGAGACCAUCGAGGUGGAAAAAGAGAGUGCAGACGAGAAUGGAAACUUGAGUUCGGCGCUAGGUUCCAUGUCCCCUACUACGUCUUCGCAGAUCUUGGCCAGGAAAAGACGGAGAGGCAUCAUUGAGAAGCGUAGACGAGACCGGAUCAAUAACAGUUUGUCAGAGCUGAGGAGGCUGGUCCCCAGUGCUUUUGAGAAGCAGGGAUCAGCUAAACUAGAAAAAGCCGAGAUCCUGCAGAUGACUGUGGAUCACUUGAAGAUGCUGCACACCGCAGGAGGGAAAGGCUAUUUUGACGCGCACGCGCUGGCAAUGGACUACCGGAGUUUGGGGUUUCGGGAAUGCCUGGCAGAAGUAGCCCGUUACUUGAGCAUCAUCGAAGGAUUAGACGCCUCUGACCCCCUUCGAGUUAGACUGGUCUCCCAUCUCAACAACUAUGCCUCUCAGCGGGAAGCUGCGAGCAGCGCGCACGCCGGCCUUGGACACAUUCCCUGGGGGGGCGCCUUCGGACAUCAUCCGCACAUCGCGCACCCCCUCUUGCUCCCCCAGACUGGCCACGGGAACGCGGGCACCACGGCCUCGCCCACGGAACCACCGCACCAGGGCAGGUUGGCCUCCACGCAUCCCGAGGCUCCCGCCCUGCGCGCGCCCCCUACCGGCGGGCUUGGACCGGUGCUCCCAGUGGUCACCUCCUCUUCCAAACUCUCUCCGCCUCUGCUCUCCUCAGUGGCCUCCCUAUCCUUCCCCUUCUCUUUUAGCUCCUUCCACUUACUCUCUCCCAAUGCACUGAGCCCUUCAGCACCCUCGCAGGCAGCAAAUCUUGGCAAGCCCUAUAGACCUUGGGGGACGGAGAUUGGAGCUUUUUAAAGAACUGAUGCUGUAGAAAGGGGGAAGCGAAAGUUUAAAAUCCCAGCUGAGCUGGACUAUUGCCAACAUCACCUUAAAGUCGUCAGUAAAAGUAAAAAAGAAAAAGGUACACUUUCAGAUAAACUUUGUUU